GAAUUAUAUUCGAUAAAGAAAAAUGGCGACAGCUACGAAAGCCGAUGUCAAGAAAUGGCCUAACAACAAGGAGGAAUAUGAAUUACAUCAUGUUAUAGGAGCGGGAGCAACGGCCAUAGUUCAAUCCGCCUACUGUAUACCCUUAAAGGAGAGAUGCGCUAUAAAGCGAAUAAACCUAGAAAAAUGCAACACCACUCCAGAGGAAUUAGGGAAAGAAAUACAUGCUAUGAGUCAAUGUAAUCAAGAGAAUGUCGUUAGUUAUUAUACUUCGUUUGUUGUUAAGGAUGAGUUAUGGAUGGUAAUGCAAUUAUGCGGUGGUGGUAGCCUCUUGGAUAUUAUAAAAUUUAGAAUCAAACAAGGCGAAAAAUAUAGGCAUGGAGUUAUUGAUGAAAUUACUUUAGCUACUGUUAUGAAAGAAGUACUCAAAGGUCUUGAUUAUCUCCAUUCAACAAAUCAACUGCAUAGAGAUAUUAAGGCAGGCAAUAUCCUAUUAUCAGAGGAUGGUUCCGUUUUAAUAGGAGAUUUCGGUGUUAGUGCCUGGCUAGCAGAUUCCUCAACAAAUUCUAGGGGAGAGAAAGUAAGACAUACAUUUGUUGGAACUCCCUGCUGGAUGGCACCUGAAGUUAUGGAACAAGUUGCUGGAUAUACAUACAAAGCCGAUAUCUGGAGUUUUGGAAUUACAGCCAUUGAAUUAGCCACUGGAACUGCACCCUAUCAUAAAUUUCCACCAAUGAAAGUUCUCAUGCUGACUUUGCAAAAUGAUCCCCCUGGCCUUGAUACUGGAGUAACUGAUAAGGAACAGUAUAAAGCAUACAGUAAAGAUAGGGAUCAUAUUCGAAAAUAUCUCCUGAGUGAUUUAUCCCACGUUCAACAAGCAAAGCCAAAACGUGUACCAGGGUCUAGUGGCCGCUUGCAUAAGACUGAAGGUGGUACUUGGGAAUUUUCUGAUGAUGAAAUGGAUAAAAAUUCUGAAGAAGGAAAAUUAGCAUGCAACGACGAAUCAAGAACUCCACGUGUGAAAGAAGCUUCCCCAGUCGAGGAGGAGGAAACAGCAGCUCCAGUACCAGAAGCAGCUCCAGCUGUUGGUUCAACGCCCCUUAACUUUGUUUUGAGACUGAGAAAUACUAAAGGAGAAUUAAAUGAUAUAAAAUUUGAGUUCACCAGAGGACAAGAUACUGCAGAUAGUAUAUCUCGGGAAUUAGUGGAGGCAGAUUUAGUUGAUGGAAAAGACAUGAUAGUAGUUGCAGCAAAUCUCCAAAAGCUAUUGGACAGUGAUGAGAAUACUAAAAAUGUUACUUUUGCCCUGAAUUCUACCGGAAAUGUAAAUGAGAAGCAAGACGAAAAGGCACUGCACGGCUUUGCCCAAUUAUCGCUUUUAGACUGA